AUGCCAAGUGCAAUACAGUAUUUUUCUGAUUUAGAUUCGUUGCAUCAUGUUUCUAACAAUUUUCUAAGACCACAAUCGGCAGUCUCAUUAUAUUAGAAUAAAAAGAUAAGUAGCUCAACUAUGGUUGAUAAUAAAUAAGUCAGUGACACAAGAUUGACCGAUCCAAGAUUAACACCAAGAUAUAUUAAGAAGGAUAAAGAAGAAUUGUACUCAGAUUUGCUGCAAUUAUAAUAAAAAUAUAAUUAAUGCUAAGAUGAAAAUACUAAAUUAAAAACUUAAAUUUCGUCAUUAGAAAAAUAAGUUAUUCAUUUGACAGAUUUAGUGAGAAAUGUUGAAAUGUUCUGCAACAAGAAAACUGGUCAUUUCAAUGAGUAUUAGUUAAAAAAACAAAUCCAGGAUCUCAAAUCUAAUCUCAAAACAAAAGUGUAAGAAUUAGAAUCAUUAAAAUAAAAUGUUAAAACUACUAAAAUUGAUGAAAUUAGAAUUGAAUUAUAAGAAUCUCAUGUAGAAUGUUUAAGAUUAAGGACUAUGCUUGAUCAAUAGAUGAGAUAAUAAGUGUUAUUUAAUUAUAAUGAUCAUACAUUGAUUGAAGAAAAAUUGUACAUAUAAAGUCAAAUGAUGAAUUAAUUAAAAACAGAAAAUGAUUAAAUGACUGGAUUACUGAAAAUCCAAGAAGAAGAAACCUAUUAUUACAAGAAUUUGUUAGCCGAAACCUUAAAAACAGUAAGAAGAUACGAAGAAACAAUUGAAGAUUUACAUAAGAAUCUUAAAGGUAAAAAUUAAUUUAUGGAUAAAUUGGCUUAAAAAAUAGAAGCUUUGAAAAGCACUAAUAAUGGAUUAGCUGAUAAAGUAGUAAAAGUGGAAGAUUUAAAAGAAGAAAUUCGACUUUUAAAGUGUACUAUAGAAGACUAAAAUAAAUAAAUUAAAAGUGUCUUAUCUGAUAAUGAGUAUCUUAAAGGAAUGGUUCAUGAAUUAAAAAUUAAAAAUAAUGAGAAAUCUGAAAUACAAGCCAAAGAAAAAAAAGUAUUACAAGAUUAGAUUGCUAAAAUAUCAAAUUAAUAUGAUCUCUUAGAUGAUAAAUACAAAAAUUUAUUAUUAAUUUAAGUUUAAGCUAAAAAUAAAGAGACUGCUUAAUCUUCAUUGAUUCAUAAGAAAGAGCAAACUGUAGGUUUAACACUUAAAAAUAACAAUGAUAGCUUCUAAUAACAGAAGAUAUAUGUCCCUAAAAAAUUAAGAGCCAUAAAAACGAAUGAUGUUUUACAUAUUGGAGAAGAACUAAAUUACAGAUUUAGAGUAAAGAAAAUAAUAUUAAUUGAUGUAAUAGAAUAAUUUCUAUUUGAUGAUGACAACAAAAAAGAAAAAAAAGUAAGCAUUAAGCAAUUACAAAAAAGUUUCGAAAAAGAACCAUUUAUGUUAUUUGAAUAAGAUAAAGCAUUAACGUUUGCUCGUUUCUUAAUAGAAGACAACUCCUAAGAAUUUGUAGAAUUUAACAUUGAACUUACAGAAAAUUUGGAUAGAGUUAAAAGCAUAUUUACAAAGAUAGUUGGUAAAUAUAGAAUCUUUACUCCCGAUGAAGAAAUGAAACAUAAAGAAGAUAUCACUAAACUUAUUAUCAAAUAUAAAAAUUCUCUAAAAUAGCACUUUGAUUCUCUUUAAAGUACUAACGGUGAAUUAACUAAAAGAUAAAUAUUAGAAACUUUUAUUUUUAUGGACAUUGAUAUUAAUAAUUCUCAGCUUGAGUACUUUUUCUUAAAACUAUUUGUUUUUUCAAACAAAAUUGAUAGAUUUCCAUAUUAAAAGAUUUUUGAGAUAUUCUAAUAGAUGUAAACUACCUCAAGUAUCAUUUCAUAAUAUCAUUUAUAGCUCCCCAUCUACAAAGGAAAGAAACUCAAAGAAAAAAGGCUACGACUGAAUCAAACAAGCAACCUGUGUAUGUAACAAAGAGUCUAUUCAAAUAAGUUGAAGGUACUAAUUUAUAAUAAGCUUGAUUCAAUAUAUAAAAUUAUUAAUUUUAAUAUUUAUUCAGAAUGUUUUUCAGCCAUCGAUGUUUAGAAUGUGGUACAUCUUAUAAUAAUUAAGGACGCUAUUCUGUGUGAUCCGUGGGUUUGUAUAUUGAAUGCAAUUUAUUUAUGUGAGAAUUGUGCCAUGAUUUUAUCGACUGAAGCAGGAAUUACAAACAUCAAAAAAUACUCUAGUUUGAAUGCAGAGGAGAGAGACAAAAUGCAAAAGGGAGGAAAUGUAAAAUUUAAGUUGAAUGUUACUAAUGUUAAUGAUAAAUUUCAUUCUCAUAGAGCAUUACAAUAUCGAUUUGAAGUAUCUAUCGAACUAUAAUAGUUAGCCUUGGGGUUGAGUGAAUAUGAUUCAGACAUGAGUACAAACUACGCUAGUCCAAAUAAAUCAUUAAUCUAUUAUCCUGAGCAAAAAAAAAGAUUAACUUAGGCCUUGGAAUUAGAGGGAAUACAAUAGGAUGUUGAGUGGUUACAAAUCCAAUAUUAGAUUUUGACAAGGGAUUUAAAGAAAAAAAUUGAUAGGAACUUUUACUUGUCCAAAUUGGAGGAUAUAGGUAAGAAGUUUGUAGAAAAACAGUAAUAGAAAUAAGUUCAACAGAAAUAAAUUCACAAUCAAAAUGAUGUUUUUUAAUCUUUUUCAGCAUUAAUGAAAAAAUAGACUUGA